GACAUUAGACAGCCAGUAUUCAACUCGUCAAUUCCGAGUGGCGGAGACCCCACGCAAAUCGACGUGAAUGCCCAAUAUGCCGGGUUUGAAUAUCACUACACAUACCUCGUGUUCUGUGGCUUCAUUGUCUGGCUUAUUAUCCCGGGAAUCGGACUUCUAUAUGGAGGCCUCGCACGCCGCAAGUCUGCGGUCACUCUUCUAUUCCAGAGCUUGAUGGUCGGUGCCGUGACAACUUUUCAAUGGAUGUUCUGGGGGUACAGUCUGGCGUAUUCGAGGACUGCCGGGCCUUUCAUAGGUGACAUGGCUAAUUUUGGGAUGAAAAAUGUCAUGGCUGCCCCGUCUCCCGGCUCGGCUGUAAUCCCCGAGAUUGUUUUCUGUCUCUACCAGCUAUUGUUCUGCGCUUGUACAGUGCAGAUUGUAGUUGGCGGGGCCUUUGAGCGAGGUCGGAUCAUUCCUAGUCUUGUAUUCGGCUUCUUUUGGGCUACUAUUGUCUACUGCCCAAUUGCAUGCUGGACAUGGAAUGCAAAUGGCUGGCUCUACAACCUGCCCUCCCUGGAUUUUGCUGGAGGCGGACCAGUUCAUAUCGCCUCGGGCUGGUCAGCAUUGGCCUAUGCGUUCGUCCUUGGGAAACGUAAGCACGCCGGCGAUAAAUCUCACGGCAAGCCUCACAAUACUACACUUGUAUUCCUUGGUACGGUUUUGAUAUGGUUCGGGUGGUUCGGUUUCAACGGUGGGAGUGCUUUGAAUGCCAGCGUACGAGCAAUGGUAGCAGCUUUCAACACAAAUACCGCUGCUUCGACGGGAGUAAUAGGAUGGGUAAUGGUUGACUAUUUCAAGCAUGGUCGGAAAUUCAGCGUUGUUGGGGCCUGCGAAGGUGCCAUUGCUGGAUUGGUCGGCAUUACCCCAGCGGCUGGCUAUGUGGAGCCAUGGCUCGCAGCUGUCAUAGGCUUUGUCACCGCCGUCGUUUGUGCACUUCUUCAAAACUUGAAUGAUUGGUUACAUAUUGAUGAGGGUAUGGACGUCUUUAAACUCCACGGCAUUGGAGGUAUGGUUGGCAGUUUCUUAACAGGAAUAUUUGCCACUAAAUCAAUUUCUGCACUCGAUGGAGUUACAAUUGCCUCGGGUGGAAUCGACGGCAAUGGAAUGCAAGUCGGAAAACAAUUUGCCGAAAUCACCGCUAUCUCCGCCUACUCGUUUCUGGUCUCUUGUGCCCUUCUAUAUAUCUUGAAAUUCAUUCCAGGAAUGCACUUGAGAAUUACAGAAGAGGCAGAGAUGAAUGGUAUUGAUUCAGAUCAGUUCUUCGAUGAACAGAUCGGUGACUGGGGGAUGUUCGAUGAAUUGGAUAGAAAAAGGUUGGAGACAGGACUCAGUUCUCCAGGGACGCCGCAGGUGCAAGAGGUCCGGGGGGAGUCCUCGUCUGAUGAUGCCAAGAAGGCUUGA